AUGAAGAGUAGCGUACUGGUUCGAUGGUAUGUGUACGGGGAGAAGGUGCAAGGGUCUGCGGGAUUACAAUUCAGAAUUGUAGAAUAUAACGGAAUCGAAAAUGAAGUGUUCACUACAAGUCGAAAAGAUCUUAUCAAUGGCUUGACAGAGUUUACUAUCAACGUCCGUGACUUACAAAAUGCACGUGGAAGGGGUUUUCCCGAAAAUGCACGUUUGCUUCUUGAGGCUGACGUCAUUGAGGAUGCCACUGGGAAAGAAGAGAAAUCGUCAGAGGACUUCCUUGUAUUCACAAAGAGUCCCUUCCGCAUUGAUCUUUCAAGGUCAAAGAACACGUAUAGACCUGGCAUGAGUUAUUAUUUAAAGAUUGACAUGUCCUACGUAAAUGGGCGAAAAGCAGCCUAUCAGAAAAUAAAGAUUCUUUGUUCGGAUGGAAACGAUGAACGGAAAAUGGCUAAAGAUGAGUUUACCACAAAUGACAGAGGACAGCUUAUGGAACCUUUUACAACAGGAAUUACACACCAACAUUUGAAAUUUAAGGUAUUCCACAUAGAUUACUCUGGAGAAAAAGCCAUUCAUAUAGUCAAACCAUACAUCGGCAACAAUCAAAUGAUCGUGGAAAAAGUGGAGAUGGAAAAUGAACAGUUUAUUCGAGCAUCCACAAACAUGAAUGCUUUCAGUCGAUUUUCUGGAAUUAUAAUGAUGAUAACGUCACGUGGAGAAAUUGUAGACACCUCAUUCAAUAAACCAACGAAUGAAAUCAACAUGCGACUGGAAAAUAGUAUUUAUAAGAAGGUUUCUCCUGGGGCCCGAUUGCUCGCCUUUUAUGUUGACAAAGAUGACAAUAGAAUUGUGGCUGACUCGACAAAGUUUGCUGUCGACCCUGUGUGCAGAGGUACACCGCUUGAGUUGAAAACAAAGAAAAGCGAAAUAUAUCCCGGCGACAGAACUGAACUGACGGUGACUGGACCGAAUGGAAUGUGGGUCGGAUUUAACAUCAUGGACAAAGCGUUGCUUUUGCUCAACAGUGACAACGUCCUCAAGCACGAUACGAUAUUCCAAGCAAUGGACUCUCAUGACCUUGGUUGUGGAGCUGGGAGUGGAGAGACUAGCGAAGAAAUUUUUAAGAAUGCAGGAUUAACGAUAUUGACAAAUGCUAGAGUCACCCAGACAGAUUUGACACGAACCAGUGAACACUGUAAUAAAAUGAACAGAAGACGUCGAAGGAGCGCUUCUUCACUAGAAUGCCAUCCCGAGAUGCAUAACUGCUGUGAGAUCGGCGAGUUGCUUGCUGAUGGUCUGCUUGAGUUGAAGGAUAAUCAACUUGAUCAUAGGAAUAUCGAGGUCGAUCUUAACCCUCGGAACGAUUGUAUGGCCAAUGCAUUGGAUAUCCGCAGAAAAAAACAUAUCACACAUGCUUGCAUCAUCUCUAUAUACAAGUUUUGUUUUGAAAAACUCUCUUCAGAGCUUAAAGACCAAGGCUUGGAGGCAAGAUCCAUUUUUGCUGAUGAUGAGCAGUACAAAAAGGACCUGAACACAAUUAUUGAGUUAUUCAACCACGUGCCAGCAAUAAGAUCACGUUUUGAGACUUCGUUUUUCUUUGAAGAACACGAACUAAAGAAUGGACUUUUUAAAAAUGAUGUCAAAUACAGAGAUUCCAUAACGGAAUGGAGUGUUCAAGCCAUCGGUAUAUCCGAAUCUGAAGGGGCUUGUAUCGCAGAAUCAAUCGACGUGAAGACUUUCAAGCCGUUCUUUAUCCAACUUGAUCUACCUUACAAAGCUACUCGAUUUGAAAGUUUCAAUAUUAAAGCGACCAUAUUCAACUAUGAAAACAAAAAGCAAAGUGCCAGUGUGUAUCUAAAAGGAGCUACCGGACUUUGCUAUGGCACUUCUCCUGGAAAGAACUCACCACGAAGACGGAUUGAACUGGAGCCCAACAGCGCCCACACCGUGUCAUUCUCGGUCAUACCUUUGGUAGCUGGGGAAAUUCCUGUUACGGUUUCAGCGUUUGUUAGCUCCAACAUAUCAGGAAAGGCCGAUGUCAUCGAAAAGAAGCUUCAUGUUGUUAAUGAGGGUAUCAUGGAAACGACACAAAUCCACGCUUGUUUGGACCCUAACAAUCAAAUGGAGGAUUGUAGGAACUCGCCACAAGUGACUUCAAAUGAUCCGCUGUACGAAGACCAACCAUUUCGAAUUUACGAAUUUGAUCUGACGUUACCAGCACAAGCUUUGACUGGAACAGGCUCGGCAACAGCCUAUAUUGAAAGUAAUAUUAUGGACGCCGUAGUCGCAGCUUUACUUGACGGGGUUGAUACGAUUUUCAAAGAGCCAAGCGGAUGUGGCGAACAAAAUAUGAUUAAAACAGCACCAAUCGUUUACGGGAUGAAUUACCUCAAACAGACAGGACAAGAAACCGCUAAAAAUGAAGAAACCGGAACAAAUUGGAUUAAAAAGGGUAUUUUUUUAGAAAUUUCGGGUUACCAGAAAGCCGACGGAUCUUACGCAAUAUGGAAAAGAAGUCCAGCGAGUUUGUGGUUGACGGCAUUUGUUGCAAAAGUAUUCUGCCAAGCCGAGAAGGUAGUAGAUGGAAUUACAAUCAAGGAUAGCUUAUUAGAGACUCUGGAAUAUAUCGCUAAAAACCAAAAAGGUGCAGGACACUUUGUGGAUAACAACCCUGUUUCGGAUAAUAAAAUGCAGGGCGUCCUUGGCAAAGGUGAUAGAAAGGUAGAUCCCUCUUUGACAUCAUUUGUGUUGAUAGCAUUACAAGAGUGCUCGGGAAGGACAAAGGACGUUGAAGGGGUUGUUGCAAAAGCCAUUAAUUAUCUGGAGAAUUUGCCACUAGAUAUUCAGCAACAUAAUAAAUACUUGCUUGCCAUCACAACUUAUGCUCUUGCCCUGAGUAACAGUAAAAAGAGAGGAGAACUGAUGAACCGUUUGUUAAAUGCCGCAACAAACAGUGACGGUAUGAUAUAUUGGUCCGACCAUAAUGGAAAUGCAGCUGAUGUUGAAACUACUGCUUAUGCUUUGCUAGCUUUUCUUAAGUUUGAUGAUAUUCGAACAAGUGGGAAAAUUGUGACAUGGUUAACGAGUCAAAGGAAAGCCAUUGGUAGUUUUUCCUCGACACAGGACACCGUAGUUGCCCUACAAGCACUAGCUGAGUACAGCGUACGAACCUACAAACCAGAAGUGGACUUGAACAUUGUAAUCCGAAAUGGACCAACAUCAACGAUGGUUUCCAUAACAAAUGACAAUGCUUUGCUUCAAAAAGUCAUACCUGAGCUCCUGGUUAAGGGUCAAAACAAUAAAUUCACGGUCACUGUUAGUGGCAGUGGGACGGCUAGAAUGAACAUUGAGCUUCGCUGGAACAGGAAAGCGCUGUUAAAUGAGAAAUGUUAUUUUAACGUCUCGUCAAUUAAAAUCAACGCGGUGAAUCCGACAUUUUCUGGAUCUUCUCAAGACAGGUUCCGAAUUAUUAAUGAGUCGUGCGAUGUGUGUGGACGAUGCCCUGGUGACGACAGAGAAAAUGAAAACGACAGGAUAGACUAUGAGGACGUCGAUGAAGCAGUGCACAAUGAGCGCAGUAAACGAGAGGCAGGCAAAGAAACACCUCAAAAAUGUGUUACAUUUGAUGUCAAGACCAUCAAUGGUGUUAUGUCGCUAAUGUCGAUCGUGAGAGUAAACCUUGAAACUGGUGUGAAAGCAAUAGAAGACGACUUUAAAGAGCUAAUAUCGAAUGGAGUCAUCGACAGAUAUGAGAUGCCGGAAAACGGCAAGAGUUUCGUGAUUUUCUACGUUGAUAAGAUCAGUCUAGACCCGAAAAAGUUCAUAUUUAGACUGGAAGAUCAUUUCAAUGGUAGUACAGCGUCCCGACAGCCUGCGACAAUCGUUGUCUACGAUUAUUACCAACCAGAAAAGAAAUGCAUAAAACCCUAUGGCAUCGGUUAUAUUUAUGGACAGGAGGUUGCCUUCAGGUGUAACGAAAAUAAUGAACAGUGCGAAUGUCUGCAAAGUCUGUGUUCAUCUCCUGUUGAGAAGGAACUGUUCGAUUACACUGUCGAGUUUAGCAAACUUUCUAAAGAUAAAAAGGCGCAAAAGACGAAACCAAUUGACAUGAUCAAAAAUUAUGCAUGCAACAUGGAAAAGGCGAAUUUCGUAUACAAAGUCACGAUUAGCGCAGCACAUUUCGAAUCAGAAAUAGGGAUAAAGUAUGCGACGGCAGUGAUCGACAAGGUCAUUUCUCCAGGAAAAGUGGCCCAAGUGCCAGGUGACGAAAUUACACUCGAGUGGAAAUUCAUGUGCAGACACCCAGCGCUGAAGGAAGGUAAAACGUAUUAUGUCAUCGGAAAGGAUCCUACAAUCUUCAACGGGGACGGUGACAAUACAGAGGCUCGCUAUGAACUGAUGGGCACGACGUUGGUAAUUGAUCCAAAUUACAAGCCGUUUGUGAAAAUGGUGAUGGACAGAUUUGAAGAACAAAUGCAGGAAAACAACGGAUGUUCCCAUUAGUGAAUAGAACCGUGUUGCUUUUCUGUAAUUGCAAUCAUCCAAAGUUAUUCUUCAUAUGUUUUAUAGCAACUGCAAAAAACCUUUAGUUAUGUGACAUUGAAAUACGGCAUUUAAAAAGUUAAACUGGUAUAGAAGUGACAUUGUGUCAUGUUUUGUCAAACAACCGGGCAAUGGGCUGUCAUGCAACAUCGAUAACCUUAUUGUUAUGAAUUAUCAUACAACUUGAAGCAGCGGCACGUGCCCUUAUUAUGCAAUAUGUUAAAUAGAAUUGUUAAACGCCUUUGACACUUUUGUGACUUUUACUGAAAAUAGCUAUAUAUGUUUAGUUAAAAGCCGUUUAGAACGCCAUUGAAGAACUGUACAUAUUUUUUAUGCAUGUUUAUUGAUUUGUAAAGUAGCAUUAGUUUAGACAGGAAACCUUAUCUGCAAUAAACUAUACUCAUUUUU